AUGUCUCACGACGAGACCGCCUCAGCGCUCGUCGCUAUCCUGUCGAACCUCGCGAAGCAGCAUGAUCCCCAGGUUGACAGGUCCUUCCCCGGCCAGGUUGCGGCCAACGGCGAGAAGGCCGCUUCCUUGACGCUGCCGGGCCCUGACACCGAGAUGAAGCAGGCGCUCGAGCGUGAGCUCGCCGCCCUGUCGUCGCGCGUCCAGUACCUCGAGGCGAAAGCCCGGACGGUCGACAACAACACCUUUCCCAUCACCCCCGGCGAGCCCAACCUGCACUCUCCCUUCCCCGGCGAAAACCACCAGCUGCAGACGCCCCAGAGCCGCGCGAUCGCCGGCCGAGACAGGCAGGCCUCAUGGGUUACAAACUGGCUGAAGGAGAAGGAGACGCCCGGCGAACGGGCGGUGCCCGCGGCGCAGCUGACCGAGGAUCAGCUUGCCUACCUGCGCGACCACUUGAACAAGCAGGCCGAGCAGAUCCAGAGCCAGCGGGAACACAUAGACAGCCUCAGCGCCGAGGUUACCCGGCAGCUCCGGGACCAGGACAAGGCCUUUGGCCAUGGCAUCGAAGACAUUGGUGCUCUCAAGCGAGAGCUGCAGAAACAUCAACAGGCAAAUCUGGCCUUCCAGAAGGCUCUACGGGAAAUUGGUAGCAUUGUCACGGCUGUCGCACACGGUGAUCUCAGUAAAAAGGUUUUGAUUCACGCUAAGGAGAUGGACCCCGAAAUUACGACUUUCAAGCGAACCAUCAACACCAUGGUGGACCAGCUUCAGGAUUUCGCCAGUCAGGUCACCAACUUGGCCAAGGAGGUCGGCACUGAGGGCCGCCUCGGUGGCCAGGCUGUCCUGACCGGCGUCGACGGUAUUUGGGCCGAGUUGACCAACAGCGUCAACGACAUGGCACGCAAUCUCACGGAACAGGUGCGAGAAAUCGCAGUCGUCACAACAGCUGUCGCCCAUGGUGAUCUCAGUCGCAAAAUCGAACGUCCUGCGAGGGGAGAGAUCUUGCAACUCCAGGAAACGAUCAAUACCAUGGUGGACCAACUCCGUUCUUUCGCAUCAGAAGUUACAAGGGUCGCUCGCGAUGUCGGUGUAGAAGGCAUUCUCGGCGGACAAGCAAGAAUAGAAGGCGUCCAGGGCAUGUGGAAUGACCUCACGAUCAACGUCAAUGCCAUGGCCUUAAAUCUCACGACACAAGUGCGCGACAUAGCCCAAGUCACUACGGCCGUCGCGCAAGGUAAUCUCACGCGCAAGGUUUCGGCCGAGUGCAAGGGCGAGAUUGCGGAACUCAAGAACACGAUCAACUCCAUGGUCGACCAACUGCAGCAGUUUGCACACGAGGUCACCAAAAUUGCCAGAGAGGUCGGUACAGAAGGCCGUCUCGGUGGACAGGCCAGAGUGCAUGGUGUUGAGGGUACCUGGAAAGACCUGACAGAAAACGUCAACGGUAUGGCCGAUAAUCUUACGACACAAGUCAGAGAGAUUGCAGAAGUCACAACCGCGGUCGCUCGAGGUGAUCUCAGCAAAAAGAUCAAAGCAGAAGUCAGAGGAGAGAUUUUAGCAUUGAAGAUUACCAUCAACACCAUGGUGGACCGUUUGAACGAUUUUGCAUACCAGGUCAGCAAGGUUGCCAGAGAAGUCGGAACCGAAGGAAAACUUGGAGGUCAAGCCGAAGUGGAGAAUGUUGAGGGCAAAUGGAAGGAUUUGACCGACAAUGUCAACACGAUGGCGCAGAAUUUGACACUCCAGGUGCGAAGUAUUUCGGAUGUCACAAGCGCACUUUCUCGCGGAGACUUGACACGUCGCGUGCACGUCGAUGCUGAAGGAGAGAUUCGUUUGCUCAAGGACACCAUCAACGACAUGGUCGCCAGACUGGACGAGUGGUCUCUUGCGGUCAAGCGCGUCGCAAGGGAUGUCGGAGUCGACGGCAAGAUGGGCGGUCAAGCCGAGGUCGAGGGCAUCACCGGGCGCUGGAAGGAAAUCACAGCAGACGUCAACACCAUGGCUCAGAACUUGACGUCGCAAGUGAGAGCCUUCGGAGACAUCACGCAGGCGGCCACAGAUGGAAAGUUCACCCAAAUCACUGUUGAAGCCGCCGGUGAAAUGGACGAACUCAAACGGAAGAUCAACAAGAUGGUUUCAAGCUUGAGGGAAAGUAUCCAGAGGAACACUGCAGCAAGGGAAGCUGCAGAAUUAGCCAACAAGACCAAGUCCGAAUUCUUGGCGAAUAUGUCGCACGAGAUCCGAACGCCAAUGAACGGCAUUAUCGGCAUGACGCAGUUAACGCUCGACACCGAUCUUACGCACUCACAGCGUGAGAUGCUCACAAUCGUUCACAACCUUGCCGGUCAGCUUCUCACCAUCAUUGACGACAUUCUGGAUAUUUCCAAGAUCGAAGCGAAUCGCAUGGUCAUGGAAGAAAUUCCGUUCUCUCUGCGUGGUACCAUCUUCAACGCUCUCAAGUCGCUCUCGUCUAGAGCCAACGAAAGAAGACUCAACCUCGCGUAUCAGGUCGACAGCUCCGUCCCUGACUAUGUCAUCGGUGACUCUUUCAGGCUCAGACAGAUCAUUCUCAACCUUGUCGGCAACGCAAUCAAGUUCACGGAACAUGGCGAGGUGAAGGUUGCCAUCUCCAUGGCACCCCAAACCGACUGCAAACCCGACCAGUACAUCUUCAAGUUUGCUGUUUCCGACACGGGCAUAGGUAUCCACGGCGACAAGCUCAACUUGAUUUUCGACACAUUCCAGCAGGCCGACGGCUCUACAACAAGAAAAUUCGGCGGUACGGGUCUUGGUCUAUCUAUUUCCAAGCGGCUUGUCACUCUCAUGGGCGGUAGGAUGUGGGUUGAAUCGGAGUUUGGCUGCGGCAGCACUUUCUACUUCACCUGCAAGGUGAGGCUCGGAAACCCCGACAUCAGCGCCAUCCAGCCUCAGCUCUCGCCGUACAGCAAGCAUACGGUGCUUUUCAUUGAUCAGGGGAAGACCGGAUACGGCGAAGAAAUCGUCAACCAUCUCAAGGCCCUCGAUCUUCGUCCGCAUGUCAUUCAUACGGAUGAAAACACCCCUCUGUCGGAAAUCCCAAGCCCAGGCAAGCAUGCGUACGACUGCGUCAUUGUUGACUGCAACUUGACUGCGCGGAAGCUUCGCGGCGAGGAAAGGUUCAAGUAUAUUCCGCUGGUCAUGGUUACGCCCCGCGUCGCCAUCAGCUUGAAGUCGGCUUUGGAGGAUGGCAUUUCGAGCUUCAUUACCACACCUUGCCUUCCCAUUGACUUGGGCAAUGCAUUGAUCCCAGCACUCGACGGUCGCGCUGCACCUCUCAUCUCGAACCAGUCAAAGUCCUUCAACAUUCUUCUCGCAGAAGACAACGCUGUCAACCAGCGGUUGGCCGUCAAGAUCCUGCAGAAGUACCAUCACAUCGUCACCGUUGCUAACAACGGCUUGGAAGCGUUUGAACAGAUCAAGAAGACCAAGUACGACAUUGUGUUGAUGGAUGUGCAGAUGCCGGUGAUGGGAGGCUUUGAGGCUACGGCCAAGAUCAGAGAGUACGAGCGCGAGCACCAUCUCACGCCUACCCCUGUUAUUGCGCUUACCGCGCACGCCAUGGUUGGUGAUAGAGAGAAGUGCCUGCAGGCGCAGAUGGACGACUACCUCUCGAAACCGCUCAAACAGAACCAGCUCAUUCAGACGAUCCUCCGCUGUGCAACCCUCGGGGGAGCAUUGCUUGAACAGGACAGGCAACGGAUGGCGCUUUCGCAGAAUGAGAAGGAUGGAUAUGGUGGUGACAAUGAUAAAGAGAAACAGAAGGACGGGGCGCAGCAGGGCACACCCAGAGGUACGCCACGCCGGCCGCAAUUGGAUAACCGCGGCUACACGGAAACGGGUGCAGCGGGCAAAGAGAGUCCGAAGCUACUGGCUGCCGAUCAGUCCGAUCACGUGGAUAGACUUCUCCUAAGAUCACACAGUAGCUGA